AAAGCGGCUAAGAUAGAUGGUACUUCGACUCGGCAGCUAACGUUGGGAAUUUGCACUUCCAAAGGAAGAGAUAUUCAUCUGUACCACCAUGGCUCUUUACGAAUAUGUCACUCAGGAUCAACUUGCGGGCUUUGACAAAUACAAGUACAGCGCAGUGGACUCCAAUCCCCUGUCUAUCUAUGUCAUGCACCCUUUCUGGAACUUUGUCGUGAAGUUUCUACCGACAUGGUUGGCUCCAAACCUCAUUACAUUCACAGGCUUCAUGUUCCUCGUGUUGAACUUCCUUAUGUUGGCCUUCUACGACUUUGACUUCACUGCCUCUGCUGCAGGACAUGAACACGUGCCCAGUUGGGUCUGGGUCGCUGCAGGGAUCUUCAACUUCUUGGCCUAUACACUCGAUGGUGUUGAUGGUAAACAGGCGCGUCGCACCAACUCCUCCACACCACUGGGGGAGCUUUUUGACCACGGCCUGGACAGCUGGGCCUGCAUCUUCUUCGUGGCCACCGUAUACUCCAUAUUUGGGCGUGGCGAGAGCGGCGUGGGUGUGGCCACGUUAUAUUACAUCCUGUGGGUGGUGCUGUUCUCCUUCAUCCUGUCUCACUGGGAGAAAUAUAACACUGGCAUCUUGUUUCUGCCCUGGGGAUACGACAUCAGCCAAGUGACCAUCUCCCUUGUUUACUUGGUCACUGCUGUGGUCGGUGUGGAAACUUGGUACCAGCCGCUCCUGUUUCACUUCCUCUAUAGAGACCUUUUCACUUUCAUGAUCAUCGCCUGUUCCUUCACUGUGACCUUACCCAUGAGCCUCUUCAAUGUCCUGAAGGCUUACCGCGGCAACACUCUGAAACACAGCAGCCUGUACGAAGCUUUCCUGCCCUUCCUCUCUCCCGUCCUCCUCUUCGUCUUGUCCACCAUUUGGGUGGUGUACUCUCCAUCCAACAUCAUCGAGCUGCAGCCCAGGAUCUUCUACCUCAUGGUGGGGACAGCAUUCGCUAAUGUCACGUGUAAACUGAUUGUGUGUCAGAUGAGUAACACACGAUGCCAGGCGCUGAGCUGGUUGUUGCUCCCCAUGUUGGUGGUGGUGUUGGUAGCGGUCACAGGGGUGGCCGGCAACGAGACGCUGCUGCUGUAUCUGUGGACAGCCGCUGUCAUACUAGCACACAUACACUACGGCGUAUCAGUGGUACAACAGCUCAGCAGCCACUUCAACAUCUUCGCCUUCUCCCUGAAGAAGCCCAACAGUGACUGACAGGAGGAGGAACGAAUCGGCUUGAAGGGAGCGGAGGUUUAAGCUCCUCCCCUCCUCUACUCUACCGACACUUCACUCUCAUCACGACGGAAACUUCAUCCCCUCCCCUCCAUCCAUGAGGAUGCCGCAAAUGGAAUGGACUAUGGCCCUCUUUUCCACUGUCUCCAAACACACAAAAGAUACAACACGCACACCCAUCCCUAAACCAACCAACCAAACUCCGGUCUCGGCGAUGGGGCGGGCCCAGGGGCUCUGGCUUCCGUCAUUGGUGAUUGGCUAACUUGGUUGAGCCAAUGAGGUGCAAUUGUUUCCUACGGAAAUGUGCUUCAGUCGUGAGGACAGGAGCCCAGACGAGCCAUGCAAACAUACACACACACAUGAACACACAUAUUCUGCUUCCUGCAGAUAAUUUAUAUCUUGUGGCAAGUACAAUAGAAACAGAGCCACACACACACACAGUUGCACUCACAUAGUAUUAUGAAUGUAUAAUAUGCCUUGGGGAAGCGCCAUUUCAGUUUAUUGCAUUAACAGGAAUGCCUAAAGUAGUGCUGUUUCAACUUAACCAAACCUCUGAACUCUGGCCACAUGUGGCUAAAACAUCCACAGCUGUGUCCAAAGUUUAAAGGUUCAUUCACCUGUUUGUCAUCGGAUGAUUUUCAGUUGGAAAUCUCAGUGAUAUAUGUUAAUAACUAUAUAUAUAUACUGUAUAUGUUAAGGGGUUUGGGGCAUUUUAUUUUCAAGGAAAUGAAACUUAAAAAAAAAAAACAAUGAUUGGUCCUGUAAAACAUUGUAUAAACUUCCCUCUAAUUAAUUCCACAUUCAGCUCUGUAAUGACGGAUGUCAUGAGUAAACCGAGUUGAAUAUUGACCAACUAGGGCAAGAAUUGACCAGGGUAACCUCUGACUUUUUGAACUCUACUAACCUUUGACCUCUGUCUGAGCACUGGCCUCCCAGCUCUCCCUACCCUCUGAGGUGUCGUGUCUUCAUGCUGAUUCGCUCUGUUUUUGUUUUGUUUUUUUACAUUUCUUUUUUAUAUACAUUCAGUGGAAUUAUGUGUUGGUCUGUUGCCAUGGCAAUGGUGUGUGUGGUUUAGUUGCGCAGCGCUUGAAUGAAGAGUGUGUCCAAAAACCACAAACGGAGCGGACUCACUCUGAAGGAACAAGCCGCUGCACAGGACACCGCAAACGCCACAACACCACCUGGUGUCAAACCCUCCUGCUCUCUCACACUCUCACACACACACACACACACACACAGACACACACACAGACACACACACAUACACAUACAUAUACACACACACACAUAUACACACACACAUACUGUUUUCACACCUUUGAUACUGUCUGUAGAAAAAACUUGUGUAUUAUUGUUUGUUUUUUCAAUAUGUUAAACACUGUUACUCUGUGUGAUUCAUGUUUCCAUGGUGAGGAUGGAUAGUCAGUAGUGACUGCAACCGUGACUUGGCUUCUCAUCAAGCUGGUUUUCACUGCACAGCCAAAUAAGAUGAGAAAUUCUGUUUUUGUUUUUUUUUUUUUCAUAUUACAACAUAGACAGUUUGUCAGUGUUCUUGCAGUUUGGGGAAAUAAGCUUAAGUGGUUCUGGCCUUGUUGUUGAAAAGUCAAGAGUCAUGUCUAUCUGUCAGGACAUUUACCAAGAAAAGAUCAGAAAAGUCCCAGCUCCACUCAGGAGUUUGACAAUUCAAGCUUGGCCUGAUUGAAACCUAAAUGAGCAAUGUGGAGGUGACACUUGGGUUUCCAGUUACAUUUUCAAACCCUGAUGCUCAACCAAACUGGAGAAACUAGUUCACAGAGGCUGGUGGGGCUCUGGUUUACAUGUCUCGCCUCACUUUCACUGGAAAAAAAACAAACAAAACAGGUGGAUCAGAUGUACUGUGGUUUCACUGUUCAUAAAGUAAACAUCUUAAAAUAAACCUGAAUAACAACUGUUAGUAAAACCUUGUGCUUGCCUUGUGAAUGGCAAGUUCAUUUUUGAGUUAACUGACUGAACAUGAAGUCUGAAUGUGAAUGUCCAGUCACAGUAAAAAAAAAAGGUACAAAGGAAACAUCAGAUACAUGGGCAAAAUGUAAAAAUAUCUUUCAAUUUUAGAUUUGCUUAUGCGUUUUUUUUAUCACGUGCAGAACUUUUGUACAUAAACUGUUAUUGAGCAACAGUGAACAUGUCUGGGAGGAACAAAAAAAAAAUCAAACUCUACUGCCAUAAUACCCAGCAAAGUAGUCCAUGUUGAUUUCCAGUAUCUCUGCACUGCAACUGGGUAAAGCUUGUACGCAGCCAUAAGCACAUUAUAAUAGUUGAGAUUUGAUUUGAUUUGAUGAGCCCUUUUUAAGGAACCCCCCCACAUCUGUGACUGUGGAGACCAUAGAUUGUAGUGACGUGACAACAACUGACUGUGAGAUUUCACCACCAAAACUUGUUUUUCUGGUGGGUAAAUGCACUGUCUGGGUAUGUGCAGACACUGUGUACUGUUAAUGUAUGGAUGUAUACUCUGUAUGUGUGGAUAUCUGUGUAAAUACAUACAUUAUU